AUGGAUAAUCGCUCGGCUAAUAUAAAGGCAGAAAGUGCUAGUGUGAAGGCUUUGUUUGAUACAAAACCCAAGCGUACAACUAAACUGCUUGAAACACCCAUCUCGAAUGAAUUUCUUCAACGUAAAGCUAAACGGGCCAGGGAACAAGUGCGGAAACAAAAGAUUGCACCCAACAUUGACAAUUUGUUCAAGGCCAUUCUAUCUUGGGAUAUCACUGUCACUAGCGAAACACCACCUGGACGAAAAGAUUUAGCAUAUAUACAUGUGCCUACAACGUUCAAAUCGUUUAAAGAAUACAAGACAGCUUUUGAGCCCUUGCUCGUCAUGGAAACAUGGUCUCAGAUCCAACGCGCUAAAGAAAGCUUAUCUCAGUCGGAUGUGAUGGAGCGAUGCCUGGUUGUCAGUCGAUGCCAUACGAAUGAUUUCGUUGAUAUUACAUUUGCUAUGCCAAUGAGCCUGGUAACCAACAAUAUAUCUAUUGACGAUCUCGUGUGCAUAGCCAAUCAUUUUGGAACAGCCUUCUUUAAUGAUCCUACCAGCUUAACCGAGGGAACUGAAGCGAUGAAACCUUGGAGAGGUAGAGCCUUCUUGGGUAAAGUCAUUUCGAUAAAUCAAACAAAAAAUGUGGGUGAAGUGGGUAUUCGUUGCUACUUCACUUCAGACCGUAUCAGCGUUUUAAAUUCUGUUUCGCCCAAGACAAGCUGGAGUAUUUUACGUAUCAUGAGUCUUACAACUGCCAUGCGUGAGUAUGCAGCAUUAGAGGGGUUAGAGCACUUUGAGCUUGGUCCUGAAAUACUUUGCCCUACGCCAAACACGGACGAAAAACCAAGCGCGUCGAUUAUUCAACAGUAUUGUAAAAACUACGGAUUAAAUGAGCCUCAGGCUCGAGCUAUUGCAUCUGCCAUUCAAAAGCAAUAUGGAUUCUCUUUGAUUCAAGGUCCUCCUGGAACGGGUAAAACAAAAACGAUCUUGGCCUUGAUUGUAUCCUUGCUAGACCAACGAUCGAAUUCGACUCAACAACGUCCUAUUCAUGGUAAACUUCUCGUGUGUGCGCCAAGUAAUGCGGCUGUUGAUGAAAUUACGAAGCGACUGAAGGAUGGUAUCAUGACAGCACAUGGUGUCAGGAGGCCGAAUGUCGUGCGUAUCGGUGUAGCAGAUUCAGUGAAUGCAAGUGUCAAAGACCGUAUAUUAGAUCGUCUAGUUGAAGCCGAGAUGGAUGCUGCUGUUGGAAACGAUACAACGAUUGCAAAGAUAGGUGCUCGUCUUGACAGUCUGCACAACGAGAUUCGCAAUAUUCAGAUUGGACUUGAUGAUGUCGAUCGAGAAAUCACACAGGCAGGAGGUGAUAUGGUACAAAUGUCUAUUCUUCGUGGAAGGCGUAAAGCGCUCGCUCAAAAGCUAGCCAAAGCCAGGAUUGCUCUCAAGGACGCUCAUCAGGAUCAAAAGAAUUAUGGUCAAGAGAUGGAAGUAUCUCGUAUCAGGGCGCGUCAGAAGGUACUUGCAAAUGCAGAUGUUGUCUGUGCCACAUUGAGCGGUAGUGGACAUGAUAUGCUGACAACGAUGGGAAUGUCUUUUGGAACCGUCAUUGUGGAUGAAGCUGCUCAGUCGGUUGAGAUUAGUUCUUUGAUUCCUCUCAAGUUUGAUACACAGAAAUGCGUUCUUGUCGGAGAUCCUAAUCAGCUGCCACCCACGGUCAUGUCCACGAUGGCCGCUAAAUACGACUAUCAGCAGAGUUUGUUUAUGAGAUUAGAGAAAACAAUUGGAGAAGAAGUGAACCUUAUACAGUAUCGUAUGCAUCCCGAGAUUAGUAGCUUUCCAAGCAAACUGUUUUAUCAAUCUCGAUUACAGGAUGGUCCUCAGAUGGAUAAGGUGUCAUCUGCUGUCUGGCAUACGCUACCGGAGUUCCCUCCCUACUGCUUCUUUGAUGUUUAUGAUGGUCAAGAAAAGAUGGGCAGAGGCAAAUCUAUCUUUAAUACAGCAGAGGCAAAUGCCGCAGUGACUCUUGUAGACUUGCUUCUUACAAAACUACCUACAGUCAAGUUUGCUUCAAAAAUUGGUGUUAUUACACCUUAUAAGCAACAAGUAGGUCAACUAAAAGCUGCAUUUCAGAAACGGUUCGGAAGCAACAUUGUGGAUGCGAUUGACUUUAACACAGUCGACGGCUUUCAAGGGCAAGAAAAGGAGAUCAUCAUUUUCUCUUGCGUAAGAGCAGGAAGUGAUCGUGGUAUUGGUUUCCUUGCCGAUAUGCGUCGUAUGAACGUCGGCUUGACUAGAGCCAAAUUCUCUUUGUUUGUCUUGGGCCAUGCAUCGUCGUUGGCAAGAAGUGAAUACUGGGGAGAACUUGUCCGUGAUGCAGAACGAAGAUCACUCAUCCGAGAGGUAAAGGAAAACAUGAAUACAAACAAUUUACUUAUACUUAAUAGUGUCGAUACCCCUACUUUAAUCAUCGCAUGGACGAGUCCAGGAUACCUCAAAACAUUUACGAGAAAGAAUUUACCCCCGCUUCUUCUGUACAGCCAGAUACGACUCCAAAGGGACCGGUUAGGAUAUCUGAACCAACCUUAUCAACAGACUCACCUAGAGUGGGGCAAAAACGAUCACCGAGUCCAAUAA